AUGUCUGAGCCGCCAAAAAAAACCAUCAAGCUGAAGUUCGGCAAGCGACCAACAGAGCCUCCCCCCGAGCCAGAGCCUGCGCCAGCAUCAUCGGAAACUCCGUCGAGGAAGAUCACCCUGAAGAUCGGGAAGAAGCCAAAGGAUCAAGCCGAAGCAACCCCCGCAUCGGAAGAGAAGUCUAAGAAAAAGAAGCAGCCUACGAAGAAGAGACCUGCGGAGACUGUUGCGCAGCCCGAGACACCUGCGACUCAACAAGCCCCUAAACGCCUCAAAUUAACCUCGAAGAAGCCCGGAGUACAAUCCAUCCGUAUCAAGAACAAGGGAGUGGUCCAGCAUCGGCCAGUCGGGGUCGGGUAUGAUUCAGAGGCUUCAGACUGUGAAGCUGAUCCGUCCAUCGAGGAACAGUUCAUCCUGCGCAUGCUUCCCGGCGAAGACUGCGAGUACCUGCGCCAAACGAUUAACGAACGACGGUUCGACAAACAUGAGUUUUCCUUCAAAGCACUGAACCGGGAAGGGCGACGCGCUAUCCUCAGGAUCCGAGACAAGCAAUACGCGGCCUCUUUGGUCGAUUUGCCGUGCAUUAUCGAAGGAAUGAAGAGCUUCGAUCGCCGAGGGUGGUACAAGUCUGCAGAUAUCAGCCAGAUGCUACUGGUCUUGGGGCCAGUUUCCAGCGACCAAGAGGCCAUGGAAUACCCGCUUCCCCCAGAGAUCGCAAAACCAGAUGAGAAGACGCUGCAAUACCCCCAUGGCCUGGCGCCGCCACUGCGUUGGGUGCGUAAACGCCGCUUCCGGGAUCGUGUGAGCUCGCGUACCAUUGAGCAAGUCGAGAAAGCGGUCGAGGAUCUGAUCGCGGAAGAUGAAAAGUCCUUGCAGCCUCCGCAUUUCGAACUGAUUGACAGUGCCUCACUCAAUCGCGCCGAGGGAUUUGCCCAGGGAGAAGGGGGCUACGAAAGCUACUACGACGAAGAAUACGAUGGCUCGGAUGCAGAGCAAUCACUCAUGAACGACAUGGACGAUGAAAUCGCAGCGGAAAUGGAGGCAGCUCUUGCAGGUGCUCAUGCUGGUCCAUCCGGUGCAUUGUCCACUGGGCCGGAAGGGGAACAGGCGGAAACUCCCUCGGCGCAGCCGAACACCCCCGGAGGUGCGCCGGCUGCAGAAUCAUCUGGUGACGAGAGCGAUGAUUCAGGCGAUGAACGGGACGAUGAUCUUGACGACGAGCAACUCGAAAGGCAACAACAGCUCCAGCAACAACGAGAGGAGGUCAGUGAACUGGAGGAGCUUAUUCGCACUGAAACCAAGACAUGGGAGAACAUGACAAAUGCUAUUCUGCGGAACAAGAUGGGCCGACGUAUCCAGGAGCUGAAGAAAGACCUCGAGCUCAAGAAGGUGUCUACAGGAAUGUCCGACGAGACAGAUAUCUAG